GCAUCGCCGGAGUGGUGGCGCAGCUGUUUCCUUCGAAACUUAUGUUGAUCGCUGAGUUUAGUGAAAACUGAGAAAGUUGAAACAAACCUGCAGAUGAUACAGUACUUCUAAGCAUUCUGUACUGGAAGAAGAGGUUUAUACAUGAAAAAAAUGCCUUUGUUUAGUAAAUCACACAAAAACCCAGCAGAAAUUGUGAAAAUUCUGAAAGACAAUAUGGCUAUUUUGGAAAAACAAGACAAAAAGACAGAAAAGGCUUCAGAAGAAGUGUCAAAAUCACUACAAGCAAUGAAAGAAAUUCUGUGUGGUACGAAUGACAAGGAGCCACCAACAGAAACUGUGGCUCAGCUGGCACAAGAACUCUACAACAGCGGACUGCUAGUGACAUUGAUAGCCGACCUACAGCUGAUAGACUUUGAGGGAAAAAAAGAUGUGACCCAGAUAUUUAACAACAUUCUGAGAAGACAGAUAGGCACUCGGAGUCCUACUGUGGAGUACAUUAGUGCUCAUCCUCACAUCCUGUUUAUGCUCCUCAAAGGGUAUGAAGCCCCACAGAUUGCCUUACGUUGUGGAAUUAUGCUGAGAGAAUGUAUUCGACAUGAGCCACUUGCCAAAAUCAUCCUCUUUUCUAAUCAAUUCAGAGAUUUCUUCAAGUAUGUGGAGUUGUCAACAUUUGAUAUUGCUUCAGAUGCCUUUGCUACUUUUAAGGAUUUACUAACUAGACAUAAAGUGUUGGUAGCAGACUUCUUAGAACAAAAUUAUGACACUAUUUUUGAAGACUAUGAGAAACUGCUUCAGUCUGAGAAUUAUGUGACUAAGAGACAGUCUUUAAAGCUGCUAGGUGAGCUGAUCCUGGACCGCCACAACUUCGCCAUUAUGACCAAGUACGUCAGCAAGCCCGAGAACUUGAAGCUCAUGAUGAAUCUCCUGCGGGAUAAAAGCCCCAACAUCCAGUUUGAAGCCUUCCACGUCUUUAAGGUGUUUGUGGCCAGUCCUCACAAAACACAGCCUAUCGUGGAGAUUCUGCUCAAAAAUCAACCCAAACUCAUUGAGUUUCUGAGUAGCUUCCAAAAAGAAAGGACGGACGAUGAGCAGUUCACUGAUGAGAAGAAUUAUCUGAUCAAGCAGAUUCGAGACCUGAAGAAAACAGCCCCGUGAAGACCUCCCAUUGCCCGCCACAGCCAUUGUCUCCUUGCCCAGUUUGUACAAUGUCACUUCAGAAUGUCAUUCUUGGGAAGGUUUUGGAGGUGCCUGUUUUUUCUCAGUUGUUCAGGGUAGAUGAAAUAUAAACAAUCUAAUGGAAACAUUAACCUAGAGUAAUAUAUUCAUUUUAAUCAAGUCUGAUUACUUAUGUGAAAUCAGAACCAUUGUAUUAGGUAUUUAUAAAAGCAAGUUUAACUCAUGGAGCUGAGCCCUGAGUCACCGUGAGUCACAAGUAGGAGGAACUCGAAUGGUGGCUCUUCUGCUUCCUGAGGUGGGGAAGUAGGGAGAGGAAUAGCUCUACUUGUCUGCACUUACAUGAAAAAAUCCCAGUAGACAGGGCUGGUGUUGUCGAUCCUGUGUAGCCCAUUGUUUCCUGCCUGUUACCUUCUGACUAAUUAGUGGUUCUGACUUCUGGAGUCCCCUCCCAGCUCAUUGUCUGCUCAGUGUCCCACAUUCCACCCAGGGCCCACUGCACCUGCAGCAAGCAGCAUGCUAGUCAGUGAGGAGGGCUGGAGUGGGUCAGCAGGGGACACUGGGGCACAGAGGACCCAUGGGGUGUGACCUGCCCACUAGAGAACUAUAAAUGCAUGGUUCCAGAUAGAGUCACUUGCUCCGUAUGGACCUCUAAGGGCACGAGGCCAUGAUGGUCUUAUGGGAGGAAUGCUUUGUGAUGACCAUGUGCAGGAGUCAUUGCACUGACUCAAACCAUGGGUCUAGAGGGCACGGUGGAAGACUCCAUCAAUAUGGGGUUAUCGCCCUGGGAGAGGGAGUGAUUCACACACAGAAAAGUUCUCAGAUGGCUGAAGUUUGUUUUCUAAUAAGCUGUCAUUCUGUAACUGCCAUCAAGUUCUUCUGUGAAAAGGUAGAAAAAUAUACAAAUUUUGGUCCAUUCCAAACACCGUUUUGCACAAUAGGAUAAUUACGAAGUUAAUUUGUAUUCCUUUAAAAGGUAUGGGAGCAAAAAAUCAGUUCUACAAAGGUCAUGGCAUGUUUUCAGACAUCAGAUGUAUAAGAUGGAAUUUUAGAGCUAUAUUUACAAGACAUCAAUGGUACAAUUGCUCAUCAGCAUUCUUUAUAAAUUACGAGUUGUUGCCUUCCAUAGAAACUCUGCAGGUGCUGUGUUUCCUGUUGUCAGUCACAUCCUUCUCUGCCCAGAGAUGAAGAGAAAGGCUUCCCAGGAUCAGUGCCCUGUGCAGACUCUGUGCCUGCAGCAUUACGUCCCAUUUUGUGGCCAGGGUGUGUGUUGGGGAGUACCUGCCAUACCUCUUCUAGCAGCUCCAGACAGGGCCGGCAAGUGGGGGUCAGUGGCAGCCCCUGGCGACCUGCAUUCCUUAGUCACUGAAGUCAGAUUAUCUUUAUGACAUUCCCUGACAGUCUAGAGUCCCUUAGAAUCUGAAUUUCUGGGUUUGCUUUAAAUUUGAUUAAAAAAGAUGAGUGUAAAUAUUAAAAAAUGAAGGUGAACGAACCAUUGGAAAUGUAUUUGGUUGUUUAAUUCUGUGCCCCAACACCAUGGGAUGCAUGUUUUCAACCAGAAAGCAAAGCUUCCUAAUUCUUUUUCGAUAAAGAAACACUUUAUUUCCUUUGGGCUUGAAUUAGCUCUUCCCUAGCAUGCCCUUAUCCCAGCUCUGAACCUGUCAGACAGAAACUAUCAAGUCUCAUACGCAAUAAAUGAAGUAGCCAGGGUUUCAUUGUGUUGUGAGUUUAUAAAGUCACUUGAAAGGGGGAACA